UUAUGCCUGUUGGCAUCAAAACAAACAUGGCGGCAGGAAGCAGUUGAAGCAUUUUGUCAUUAAUUUCAUUAAGACGUUUUUCAGUCGUAACGGUUGGCCAUUCUUUGUUCGGGUUCGAACAUGGACUCGGUGCCGUUUCUCGAGGAGGCACCGCACAGAAAAGUCUCAGUCAUCGGCUCCGAACUGGUGGAAAACUACACUGUUUACAUCAUCGAGGUGACUGACAGCGAGCACAGCUGGACCGUGAAGCACCGCUACAGUGACUUCCAUGACCUCCACGAGAAGCUGACGGUGGAGCAGAAGGUCGAUCGCCGCCUGUUGCCUCCAAAGAAGAUUCUGGGGAAGAACUCGAAGAGUCUGGUAGAACAGCGACAGAAAGAUCUGGAAGUCUACCUGCAGACGCUGCUUCAGCAGUUUCCUCAGGCCACGCCCACUCCACUGGCCAUCUUCCUGCACUUUCACCUCUAUGAGAUCAAUGGCAUCACAGCGGCUCUGGCAGAGGAGCUGUACCACAAAGGUGAGCAGCUGCUGCAGGCUGGUCAGGUGUUUUCUCUGCGUCCUCUGCAGCUUUACUCCAUCUCCCAGCAGCUCCGUCUGGCCAAACCAACCUGCUGUAGCAGGGAUGCAAAGACGGACUUGGGACACAUCCUGGACUUCACCUGCAGGCUGCGAUACCUGAAGAUCGCCGGUACCAAAGGUCCAUUCGGAACCAGUAGCAUUGAGGAGAGCACGCUGCCCUUUGACCUGUCUGUCUUCAAGUCCCUGCUGCAGAUGGAGAUCAGUGAGUGCAGUUCUCAGCAGAUUGGAGGUCUGUCAUCUCUGAGGUCGAGCCUAGUGACUCUGACGAUCCACCAGUCCACUGACACUAUGAUGUCCAUCUUGGUGCCCGAGGCGAGCGAGUUCUCACAGUGGGAGGCUGAGGGGGUGGAGCCUUCUUGUCCUGUCACGGCCAUCAUCCCCGUGUGGAGGAACCUGACCACGUUGGACAUGAGCUACAACCACAUUGUCUCCAUCGACAUCUCAGUGAAACUGAUUUCUAAAGUGGAGUUUCUGGACCUGAGCCACAACCAGCUGUCCUCAGUGGAAAACCUGCAGUACUUGUACAAUCUGGUCCACGUGGAUCUGUCCUACAACAACCUGCGGGUUCUGGAAGCCGCUCAUACUCACCUGGGGAACAUCAAAACUCUGAGCCUGGCCGGUAACCAGCUGGACCGGCUCACUGGACUCGCCAAGCUCUUCUCACUGGUCAACCUGGACCUUAGCCACAACCAGCUGACCCAGCUGGAUGAAAUCAGGAACAUUGGGUCCUUGCCCUGUCUGGAGAAGCUCAGUCUGUCCGGGAAUCCGAUCUUCAUCACCCCAGACUACAGAACCAAAGUACUGGCCCAGUUUGGAGACCGAGCAGCGGAGGUGUGUCUGGAUGGUGACGUGACCACGGAGAAGGAGCUGGACACUGUGGAGGUGUUAAAAGCCAUUAAGAAAGCCAAAGAAGUCAAAGACAAGAUGAACAGCAGCGAGAAGAAGAUCAGUGAGGAGAACAGCCUAUCUGCUGCUGCACCUCCUCAGAUCUCCUCUUCUUCCUCUAACCACUCCUUCUCUGCUGUCUCCUCCUCCUCCUCCUCCUCCUCUUGCUCGGCCUGGCAGGCUGCCCGUCCCAGUCAAGAAAUGAUCAGAGAAGAAGUCGUCGUCCCAACCAGUUUCCUCCCCCCUUUGGAUGCCGCACCGCCCCCAGCAAACUUGAAUAUCACCGCACGCAACCUGUCUGCUGACCCCACCCAGGUUCAACCUCUUGCACGUUCACACUGUGGAGCCGCCGCCACCCCCUGCUGCUCCUCUUGCUCCACCUCAGCUGAAAGCAUCUGCUCUGCCUGCAGCGCCCCCUGCAGACUUCUUGUGCCUUCUCAUCUACUCUCCUUCUCCACCUCCAACAAAGACUUCAUUUCGCAGCUCUCCCAGCGCCUCCGCUCUGCCGCCAAGGAGCAGAAAGAAAAGGAGGAGAAGGAUGUGGAAGAAGGAGAGGAGAGGAGCAGCGAGUCCACAGAGGUUCAGUCGUACACGGAGGUCAGCAGUCCCAGUCCAGGGUCCGGGGACGGCUACUUUGAAAUGGGCCUGGAUGACCCCGUGGACGAGUUGAUCUGCUCCGCCUCCUCCUCCUCCACUUUGCUCACUGCACCUCCUGCAGAGGAGUCCAACCCCCAGCGGGAGGAGGAGGUGCAGGUGAGCAGGGUCCUGUGGUGCUGCUGUGUCCAGGUGGAUGACACUGUGCUGCAGAAGCAGGCGUGUCUGGUUCUGACCGACCGGCUGCUGGGCCUGCUGUACACAUCAGGUGAUCUCAGCCCGACCAAUCAGGAAGCAGGCCAGACUCUGUCUGUGGAGGAGGUGCUGUCCAGCCUGGAGCUGGACCUCUUGCUGCCUUACUCUCGCCUCCUGUUCUCCUCCUCAGCCCACUUGUUGGACUCUUGUCUCAGCUUCGGUCUUCGGUCUGGUUCCUCACAGUGGUUCGUGUUUGCAGAAGCUGAGCAGGUCCGUCAGAUCAGGAUGGACCUGACUGAGCUGAUUCAGCUGCAGGCUGCAGAUGUUGGAGAAGUGCCGCCAGCUUCAGAUCUGUUCCUCCUCCCCUCCCUGCUCGAGACGUGGGAUCUGGAGGAGAGUCAGGGAGGCUUCACCGCGCACCUCCUAGACACAUCCUCGGCCCCGGACUCUUCCCCCGAGCUGCCAGACCUCUUAAAUCAGAUGGGCCAUCUGGAGGAGGGAGCAGAUGGCCUCGUCCUCCCCUUGCUCCUCUUCUUCACGUGCCAGCACCUCGGUGUGCUGAAAGUGGACUUCACAGAGCUGGCAAAAGCAGAGCGGUGCGGUGCAGAUCCUCCUCACCCGUCUUCCUGGUGCACGCUGGUCCGUGUCCCGCUGGGCUCGGUGGUUCUUCACCCCAGAGAAAGAGUUCCUGGUGAUGUGGGUGGAACCAGCCGUAGGUUCUGCCUGGACCUGGGACACGACGUCAGGCAGAGCCACACUGUGGAGUUGCUGUGGGGGGGACGGCGCCUGCUGCUGCUCUUCCCUCUGUCCCAGGACAGGAACUCAUUUUUGGGGGAGCUGGAUCAGCGCAGAGCCUCUCUGGAGGGUCUGAAGAUGGUGGCCUUUCCACAAUGCUGCACGGCCUGUCCACAGCGAGGACACCACAUGGGAGGUCAUCACGGGCCUCCAGGUCAGUGCUGCUGGACCUGCACUCAGACUCCACAGGGCCUCAGCAGCUGGGACUCCUCCCACCUUCAGGUGGAGGAGAAUUGUCCGUCUCCCCACCUUGUCCCGUGUCUGUCCCCGGGACUAAAGCUCUUGGCUGGACUCAGAAAACAGCAGCUGCUGACCUUCUUCAGCAGAUACAUAUCAAUGUCUGAGACGGAGGAGGUGAGACAGGUCUUGUGGCUGUCUGUGGUUCUCUACAAGGCUCCAGAAGCUGAACUUGCAGCCUGUCUCCUGCUCUCCACUCACGCCAUAUACUUCCUGCUGGAAGACUCCGCCUCCACGCUCAGCUCUCACUCAGUUUUGGACAUGAAGACCUCGGGAGAGACAGACGUCUGUCUGUGCUGGUGUCUGUCCAUCAGAUUGUCUGAGCUGCUUUCUGUCAACGUGGGACUGUUUGACCAGUACUUCAGAGUUGUAGGUCGUUCAGCCGGCCACGUGGUCUGCUGUCUCAGCAGGGACAGUUAUGGGACAGGGGUUUUCCUGCAGGAGCUGAUGUCGGCUCUCAGUCUGCAGCAGCAGACUCCUUUUCCGGAGCCAUCUGAGCAGGACUUCUACACCCAGUUCACCAACAGCAACACAGGUAAAAUGCACAACUACGAGCUGGUCCACAGCAGCAGAGUGAAGUUUAUUUACCCCAGUGAGGAGGAGAUGGGAGACCUGACCUUCAUCGUGGCAGAGAGGCAAACCGCGCCGGGCGCAGCCUCCAUGUCCACACGCUCCUCCAGCGUCCUGCUCUACCUGCUGGUUUUCCAGGUCCAGACUUCAUUCCGUGUGGAGGUUCAGAUUCCCGUCCAAGGUUCAAGUCUCUCAGGCCACGCCCACUCUCUGUCUGUCCUCGGCCCCUCCCCGGUCCUGGAACCCAGGACUCUGAUCCUGACCAGCACCCACGUCUUCUUACUGGAAGAAGACUACAUCAGUUAUCCGCUGCCCGACUUUGCCAAAGAGCCUCCCUCCAGGGAGCGCUAUCGGCUGCGAGAGGCUCGGCGGAUCCGCGAUCUGGACCGUGUGCUGAUGGGAUACCAGACGUACCCGCAGGCGCUGACCCUGGUCUUCGAUGACCUCCCGGGACCGGAUCUGCUCUGCCGCCUCACCAUGGACCACUUCUCCUCCGGGGGGGAGGAGGCCCCUCUCAGCGGGGGCACGGAGGGCGAGGUCCAGUGGUGUGUCUUUGUCCCCGGGGCCGUCAGCAGGGAGAGGCUGAUCUCCCUCCUCGCUCGCCAGUGGGAGGUGCUCUGCAGCCGGGAGCUUCCUGUGGAGCUCACUGGCUGAUUGGCCAAGAUGACGGACAGAUGAGGACUGAAUGCUGAUUGGAGGGUUCACUGGGGACAUUUUACACCCCGGGAGCUCUAUUGGCUCCAUUACAUAGGACAGGCUCCGCCCACUGCAGUAACAACCAAAGGACACCACAGUAGGCGGGGCCAGAGUCAGACACAGUGAUUUGACAGACUGAAAUUGUUCAGCAGGGGGC